AUGGAACUAGGGCCUUUCGUGGAGAUGGAUGAUGCACAGGAGUCCGCAAGCCCCACCCCCACAAACAAGGCCUCGCCCUCGUUCGAGGACUGCCACAGGGCCCGCAGCCAUGCCUCUUCGGUCUCGUCCGUGUCCACGCCGCUCCCAAAACACAAACUGUCGGUCGAUAUUCCCCGCCUCCCGGACGAUAACGCGUACGAGGUGAUCAAUAACACUUCGUCCCUGCGCACCUCCGCAAUGGCCAUUCCCGAGCGGCCGCGCCCGUCUGGAGCGUCGAAUUUGUCCACGAGCACAGCCUCGUCAACAGCCUCGAUCCCGCUUAAAAUCAAAAAGUCCACGCCCGCAAACCCAGAGACAACAAAGACGGACGCUGUUUCUCUGUCGUUCAACCAGGGAGACGGCCUAGGAGACACAGACGGGUCGAUGAACGGCGACGGAGACCAGGUGAGCCACGAAUCGGCCAAUGAGCAGCCUGCCACGCCCGUUCCGCAGCCAAAUGCCACUUUCAUGUCUAGCAUCAAAAGUCUUGCGUCCAUUUCCAGACAGCAAGAGGCAGAGACAACCACCGACACAGCUUCCACUCUGGGCACUCCAUUACGCAGUCAAUCGGACGACAACACGAAAAAGGACGGCGAGGACGAAGGCAAGCUCGAACACGUGGUCAAUGGCCACACCGAGAUGCUCAGCUACCGCCGGUCGUCUCGCCGAGCAAAAAGCAGCAGCAUCUCGUCUUUACCAAAAACGCCCCUCACAGAGGCCUCCAACGACAGUUUUGACCGGUCGCCAGCAGAGUUCUCCAACAAGCUGUACACUGACGAAAAGUAUCUGGACACACAGUACCGUUACGCUUCGUUGACGCGGAAUGUCGAGUUUCACGAGCUCUUCAAGAACAUCCCGGACAACGAGCGGCUUCUUGACGACUUCAGCUGUGCUCUGAGCCGCGAAAUCCUUCUCCAAGGUCGACUUUACGUUUCCGAGCACUAUCUCUGCUUCAACUCCAACCUGCUCGGCUGGGUGACGAGCUUGGUGAUUUCUCACGACGAGGUGGUCCAUUUUGAGCGCAAAUCGACGGCCGGGCUGUUUCCAAACGGGAUAGUCAUUGAGACCAGGGAUGGCAAGCACACUUUCGCGAGCUUCAUCUCGCGCGACUCGACGUUGAACUUUCUGGAGACCGUGUGGUCGAAAUCUGUGGCUCUGAGUAAAGCCAAGAACGAACAGUCGCGCGCUCUGGACCUGAUCGAGAGCAAUCUGGCUGCGCCGGCGAUCCAGCAGCUUUCGGAGGACGAUGUCUUUACCAUCGACGAGAACGGUCCGUUGAUGGAUGGAGAGACAGAAGAGGAGGUGGUGGCCAGUCCUGUUUAUAGAAACGAGGGCCCCGACAAGCACAGCGCCACAGAGUGCAGCUACGAGCCCGAGGCGCAUGGCGAGUCGAUCAUUUUGGAUCAAGUUUUUGAUGCGCCGAUGGGCGUGGUGUUCAACGUUCUUUUUGGCGAAAAAAUCACAUUCCAUAAGCACAUCAUGGAGUUGAGCGACGGGUACAAUUUCAGUGACUAUGGGCCAUUUAAGGAGAACGAAAACGAGGAGCUAGUGCGCAAGUUUGAGUACGAAAAAAAGCUCAACAACUCGAUUGGUCCGAAGUCGGCCAAGGUGGAGGCGUCUGAACUCAUCCAGCACAAAGAUUUCAACGAGUACGUGGAAGUGGUGAGCACCACGUGCACACCAAAUGUCCCCAGCGGGACUGCUUUCCACGUUGUCACGAGGUACAUUUUUACAUGGGCUGAAAAAAGCCAGACACGGCUGAAAAUCAGCUACAAAAUAGUGUGGACCGGGUCGAGCUGGAUUAAGGGAGUUAUUGAGAAAAGCACAAAGUCGGGACAGCAAAGAACAGCCGACCUGAUUGGCGAGGAGCUAGAAAAGAUUCUUCCAGAGAUCCAGACGGGCAGGCCCACAGACAGCGAGGAGACAGAGGAGGAACCGCAAGAGACUCUUACAGAGCCCGUUUCGCAGCAGCCGGCGAGAUACGUUCUCGUUUUGGAGCAAGUGGCCGGAAACUGGCUUGCAAUACUGGUGACUUUUAUUCUGCUAUUGCAGCUAUAUUUCCUGUACAGGAUGAAGUGUCUCAGCGAAAAGGUGGCGGAAAGCAUCGAGCUCAACGUUGAGCUUCUGAGACGCAUUGCGGAGCACUAG